AUGAGAGAGGCACUUAACGACACCUCGAUUACCCAUGUCGUACUCCUCGAUCGGCCCGGGGGUUACGUCCUGACCGAGGAAGAUUUCCCGAAGGAUAGCAUCUGGAUUGAUGGGCGGGACGUGCUGCUGGAGGGGAAAGGACCCAAUCCCGUCUACCUCGAUGCAAACUAUCUGCAUGACAGGGUCCACGUGCUCAACAACGGAUUCCUUCACCAGCGCAACUUUUGGGCGGAUGACUGCAUAGCUCCGGUGGACUUGUCCAUCUGCUUUGCAAAGACCUACCAGGGCGGCAAGGCCAUGAUGGAGGACAUGGAGAUCAGCGACGCGUUUUGCGUCGAGCAGGAGCAGUCCUCAGGCCUGCGCUCCCUUUCCAGCACCAUCCACUACAUGAACCUGAUGGGCCUGGCCAAAUCGUCCCUGGACGCCCCCCCCCAGGUGCAGAUCGACGCGAGGAGGACCCAGGUGGUGGACUCUGGCUGGAUCAACUUCCCCAUGGGCUCCGUGUGGCGCAUGCUGAAUUGCACGCUGUCCUGCACCGGAAAUGUCACCCACGAGCUCACCGACUCGGCGCUGCUGGGGCUGUCCAAGGAAAGGGCGUGGGGCCGGUGGUCGUUCCUCUUUGCGGCCAGAGGUGGACCCCUGGGUUUUGGCCUGGCAGUCUUGGGAGCGAUUGUGUUCGUGCGCAGACGCAACGCCCGGGAGGGCGCCCUGGCUCGCCUGCCGGAGCAGACCGUGGCCAAGGCGCAGGGCUACUGCCUGCUGCGCCUGCUGGGCGUGGGGCACUACGGCCGCGUGUACCUAGAAAGCACACGCCAGCACUUUGCCAUCAAGGUCAUCACGGUGUACACGCCGCGCCAGCUGGAGGCGGCCUACGCUGAGUGCCGGACCAUGCUGGGCAUCCGGCACCCCCACUGUGCCCAGGUGCACUCCUACUUCUCCGCACGCAUGGAGCACUCCUCUGGCAGCGACGCUUACCUGGAGCAGGCGUUCCAGCUGCGGGGUCCGGACGCCGCAGCAUCGCCGGCCUCCUCCGCAGCGACUGGCACCGGGUCCCUGGUCAGCACCCUCUGGCGUGCCACAAGGCUCCGCGGCAGCGGGAGCUCCUCCAGUGACGCAGGCACCGCCCCCUCCUCCCUGGCCAUGCAAGUGCACAUGGUGGUCGAGUUCUGCGACCACGGCACACUGGAGGCCGCGGUGCAGAGCGGCAUCUUCCUGGACCCCGCCCUCGGCCGCCCGCAGAUGGACUGGGUGCUGCAGACGGUGCUGGAGGUGGCUUCAGGGCUGGAGUACCUGCACGCCCCCGGGCGCCGAGUCGUGCACCGCGACCUCUCCGCCGGCAACGUGCUCCUGGCGUCGGCGCGGCGCGGGGGCGGCGACGCCGCGCCGGGUCCCGCCGGCAUGCGCCCGGCGAGCACGCGCCCCUUCCGCGCCGUCAUCUCCGACUUUGGGCUGAGCAUGAUGCUGAGUGCCGCGGCCACCCACCGCACCUCCCACAUGAAGGGCACCGUGGCGUACAUGAGCCCCGAGGUGUUCAGGACCAGCGAUGUUACACCGGCCCUGGACAUCUACUCCCUUGGCAUCAUCAUGUACUAUGUAUACAUGGGCUCGCUGCCCUACCCAGACAGGAACCCAGGACAGGUGAUUGUGGAGAAGAUGCGUGAGGUCGAGUGCGGCGCGGAGGAGCGCUUCGACAUCCCGCGUGACUGCCCCGCCUUCUACCGCCAACUGAUCCUGGACUGCACCCACCCGCAGCGCCGCGAAAGGAUCCUGCGCCGGAAGCCGGCCUCACACGGGCCCCCUCAACCCCUUUCUGCCGCCGAUGCACGCCGGGCCGCACGACUCGAGGCGGAGGGCGACAAUCGGCCUCGCGUCGUGGCCUACUCCGACUCUGACUCGGACGUGGAGAGCCACAUACGGCGCGUCAAGGACCACCUCCUGGGCGGGGAGGAGGCCCCUCCCGAGGAGGAUCCUGCAGACGGAAUGCUAGCUGGCUCCUCCACGGCCAUGGAGCGUGGCACGUCCACGGCGGCAGCCCCCUCCUCAGCCGCCUCGGCCCUGGCGGCCUCGGCGGCCGGCGGUGGGGGGCGCGGCAUGCCCCCCGCCACCAGGCACCUGCUCCCCUCGGAUACCCUGCACCCGGGGCUGCUGGCCCUGGUCACGGGGCUGGCGGUGCUGCACCGCCUGAACCCCGGCCUGGGCGAAAUUGUGGAGGCGACGGCCGUCGCAGUCCCCCUGAGCAUCCGCCUCCUCGGUCCCAAGGCAGGGCGGAGGGAUGGCUGUGACCCCGCCGCGGCCCCCCUGGGGCUCCCCCUGCGCCACAUGAGGCAUGCGCUGCACGCUGUGGGCGUGGUGUGGACGCUGCGCUUUGCACGCCGGGCCCUGCGCGCCACGCGAGAGGCCCGCCUGCACCGGCGGCUCAGGGCCAGUGCCAGCGUCCAAGCGCUGGAGAGGCCCGCCACCCCGCGGCGAGGCGUGUCGCCCGAGAGCCCCGGCGAUGACGCGCCCCACGACGAGGAGUGGGUGGUGUCUCUGCGGCACGAGGCACGGGAAAUGCGGCGCAUGCUGGCCGAGAACGAUGUGGACCUGGCGGGGACGCGGUUCGAGGCCAGCGACGCAGAGCUGCUGCGCUACGCGGCCGCCUGCGGCCUGCGCGAGGCGCAGCCCGCGGCCCUGCGCGCCCGGGCGGUGGACGCGGCGGUGGGUCGGGUGGUGAAGACCCUGGACUGGCAGGCGCGCCAGCGCUUCACCCCCCUGCCCCGCCUGCGACGCUGGAAGCGGCUGGUGGACUGGCAGGGCGCCGACGGCGGCGAGCGGCCCAUCCUCCUCGUCCGGGCGGGGCGCGCGCUGCAGCUGCUGCGCCCGCGCCGCCACGCCGAGUUCUGCGAUGUCGUGCUGAGCCGCGUGGCGGACGGCGCAGGCGGGGUGCUGGCUCGCGCCGACCGGGAACGACUGCACCGCCUGUUCCUGCUGGAGGUGCCACUGCUGGCACGGUGGGGUCUGCGCGGGUUAAUUGCGGGCCUGCCUCCCGCCACGCGGGCAAGGGUGCGCCAGGUCAGCAUAGACAACCCUGCCAUGCCGGUGACGGUGGCCUACCUGAGCAAGAGGCGGUCGGACGUGCGGGAGCUGGGCAUGCGACGCAGCAGCAGCGACCUGAACCUCCCCCCGCCCACCACGCCCAGCGCCGGCGGCACGCCCCUGGCCUCCCCCACCUCCCUCGCCCUCGACUUCCAGCGCACUGACAGCGAGCGGGAGCGGGAGCGCGCGCGCGGUGAGGGCGGGGAGACCUCCGACGAAUACCUCACGCCCGACGCCUCCAUGGUCGAGGUGUUUGCCUCGCCGCCAGACGGGCCGGGCAGCGCCCUGCUGACAAACGGGCCCCGGCCGGAGCCCAGCGCCCUGGCCGUCGCGCGCGCGGCCGCGGCCUGCACCCCGCCUCAGGUCUGGCGCGGGCUGGGCGGCAUGCUGCAGGCGCUGGCGGGCCCCGGCAGGGGCCGGGCGACGGGCGGGCGGCGGGCCGCGCCCUUUGACCCGGGGCGCCGCUCGCCGCUGAGCCGCUCGGCGGGCCCCUGCGACGGCUUCGAGGCGGGCCAGGGCGGCGGCGGGGAGGCCAGCUGUAGCGACGGGGAGGACGAUGCACUCGGUGGCGUGUCCUGGGCGGAGGAGCUGGAGCAUGUGCGGGAGGUGAUGGGCCUGCCGGCGAGCGAGGCGGGGGAGACCGCAGGCGCGCAGCAAGCCGGGCAGCGGCAGGUCACCUCCUUCCUCCUCCUCACACUGGUGGCCUCCUUCCUGCAGCGAGUGCUGGCGCCUGCCUGA